AUCUGGAACGAUCACCUGUGGAGAGUUCACGGAGCAGGACAGGUGUUUGAAUAGUCUGAUUGAUUGAUCAGUUUGUGCAGCUCUGGGUGGGAGGGGAGCGGUGAGUCGGGUGUUCAGACCCGGCAGACGGUGCGUUGUCAGCGGGCAGGAUGCCAUGUGGAUGCGGGACGUGGUGGGUUACACCGCCGCCUCCAAGCCGCUGAGAGAGAGCGGAGAGGCCGGCACACCUCAAGCGUUUCCGCAGACUUUGGUUCUCUGAUUCGGGGCCUGCAGCUCCCGGGAAGCCGCUCUCCCCCGCGUACCCAGUCGGGCCCCGGUCCUCUGUCUCCCCGCCGGUUCAGCAUCUGGACCCGAACCAGGUGCAAGUCAGGAGGGUAGAUUCCAGAAGAGGACGCUGAGGCAGUUACAUUUGUGUAAAUUCAUAACUGCCCACUUUUGUUCAAUUAUAUUUUUAAAACUACAAGUUAACGUAUGAAGUAUUUUUAAGCGGCCUUGGCUGGAGCUGUAGCCGCUGUCUCUGGUUUCAUCCUCCGCCUUUGUCCUCAUGUUUUCCCCCGGAGUUCCUCCCCCUGCGGCGCUGGGCGGAGUUUCAUACCGGACUAGACGCUCCUUUUGUCGGAUUCGUUUCGACCUGACUCCCCGGGGUUUACGACUGAAAAAAACACACUCGGAAAGUCCCAAAAUAAUCCAAACGACCACCGCUGUGUGCAGUAUUAACCCGGGUAUCUGUCUGAAUCUGAAGGGGGGCAGGGGGCGGAGUCUCCUCCGUCAGCUGCAGGAUGAACGGCAGCAGCAGCGUCUCCACGGCUCAGAGCUCCAGAAUCAAAAAUGAAGCAGAUGAGUGGAGUAAGGACGAGUGUCUCACUCUGUUGGAGAGGAUUCGCAGUCUGGUGCCGGAUGGAGACGCCAUGAAGUACAAAACCACCGAGUCGCACUUUGACUGGGAGAAAGUUUGUUUUGGAAACUUCAACGCAGACAUGUGUCACAGGAAGUGGCAGAAAGUCUCCUCAGAGGUGAGGAAGUACAGGACGAUGACGGAGCUCAUCGUAGACGCCACAGAGUUUGUUAAAAACCCGUACAAAGGCAAGAAGCUGAAGACUCAUCCCGACUUCCCUAAAAAACCUCUGACGCCGUACUUUCGCUUCUUCAUGGAGAAACGAGCCAAAUACGCCAAAAUCCACCCCGAGAUGAGCAACCUGGACCUGACCAAGAUCCUGUCCAAGAAGUACAAGGAACUGCCCGAGAAGAAGAAGCAAAAGUACAUCACAGAGUUCCAGAGAGAGAAGGAGGAGUUUGAGAAGAACAUGGCCCGCUUCAAGGAGGAUCAUCCUGAGCUCAUCGAGGAGAGGAAGAAGUCCGACCUGCCAGAGAAACCCAAAACCCCCCAACAGCUGUGGUACAACCACGAGAAGAAGGCCUACAUGAAGCUGCACCCCGAGGUGAGUCAGAAGGAGCUGAAGGAGGCUCUGAGGAGACAGUGGUCUCAGCUCACAGACAAGAGGAGACUCAAGUGGAUCAGCAAGGCCCUGGAGCUGCAGAAAGACUACGCGGGCAGUAUGAGAGCCUAUCAUGAGGCUCAUCCCGACGUGAACUCGGAGGAACACGUUCGCUCUGUCCUCACUAAAGCUGAGCGACAGCUGAAGGACAAGUUUGACGGACGGCCGACAAAACCUCCACCUAACGGCUACUCUCUGUACUGUGCGGAGCUGAUGGUGAACAUGAAGGACGUCCCGAGCACAGAGCGGAUGGUUCUGUGUAGUAAACAGUGGAAAAUGAUGACGCAGAAAGAGAAGGACAUGUUUCAGAAACGCUGUGAGCAGAGGAAGAAGCAGUACGACAUCGACCUACAGAGGUUCCUGGAGAGUCUCCCGGAGGAGGAACGAGACCGAGUCAUGACCGAGGAGAAACUGGGCGGGAGCAGAUUGGGAGGGGGCGUGGCCGCCAGCCCACACAGAGCCAAAUCCCCUUCUGUCAAGGAGCGGGGUCGGGAGGCGGAGCCUGAUCCCUGGGCUCCUGCCGGAAAUCCCAAAGAGCGGCGUGAUGGGAAGAAGACGACAAAGCUUCCAGAGACACCGAAAACAGCGGAGGAGAUGUGGCAGCACAGCGUGAUCGGAGACUACCUGGCCAAAUACAGAAGCGACCGCAGGAAGGCGCAGGCGGCCAUGGAGGCGGCCUGGAAGUCCAUGGAGAAGAAAGAGAAGAUCCCGUGGAUCAAGAAGGCGGCAGAGGACCAGAAGCGUUACGAGGUUCAGUACCAACCUGUGAGGGAGCUGUUGGAGAUGAGGGCUCCUGCAGCCGGUCAGACUCAGAGGAAACCCAAGUUUGAUGGAGAACCAAAGAAACCUCCAGUGAGCGGGUAUCAGAUGUUCUCCCAGGAGCUGCUGACCAAUGGGGAGCUGAACCACUUCAGCCUGAAGGAGCGGAUGGUGGAGAUCGGGAAGAGGUGGCACAAACUGAGCCAGAUUCAGAAGGACAAGUACAAGAAGCAGGUGGAGGAGCAGCAGGUGGAGUACAAGGCCGAGCUGGAGGCCUGGGUCAAGUCGCUGUCUCCGCAGAAUCGAGCCGUCUACAAAGAGUUCUCCUCCACCAAACGUCGCAGCACCGCUAAAGUCCGCACUAGUCCCGGAGCUAAAGUACGAGUGACGGCGAAGGGGAAGGCGGCGAGCUCAAGAGCCGUCACGCAGACGGUCGGGGUGGCCAAGAGGGCGAUGGCGUACCGUGCAAAGGACAUGUCGGACUCAGACGAGGAGAAGAGCGACUCGUCAGACUCUGAUGAAGACGAUGAGACGUCAGGAUCCACAGACAGUGAAGACGAUGAUGAUGAUGAGGUGAAGGUUCACUUCGAGGACGAUGAAGAUCAGUCUUCCUCUGAAGAAUCCAGCGACUCGGACUCUGACUAGCCCCGCCCCUUCAUCUCAUUGGAGAGGAAAGGCUGUGCAGGCCACGCCUCCUCAUGUGCCAAUCACCGUGGCAGACCAAUAAGAAGUGAUGUCAGAUGGAGCUCACACUUGCCCCUCCCACCUAAAAGGGGUGGAGCCUGGCCGAGCGUUUUGUUACUCGUGUUUGUUUUUUAUCGAGUGUUUGUUGGUUUUUAUCUGACUGACAUUUCAGACGGGUGGAGACUUGUUUUAUUUUUGUGGAGUGAUGAAGGGGUGGGGUUGUACAGUUUGAAAGGCAGGGGGAGGGGCGGAGCCUAUUGGUAGUGUUAUUUACUGUUAAGGGAGGAGCCAGUGUUCAGCCUCCAAUCAGCCGCCUGCCGGAGAAAAUUAUAAACAAAUAAAAGCACUUUUUCUC